CACAACCCAUUCAGGGGUGGACACCAACCGAAGCAACAGAAUUUAGCCUCUCUCGAAAUUCUGCGUCCGCCUAUAAAUCCGUAGCUCGAAAUACACGGGCGGCGCACUUUCCAUCGAAAGCCCCCGGCCUCUCUCUCUCUCUCGCCUCGCGGCGUUGGAUUGAAUGGCGACGACCAUGAACGUCAGGGCGCUGUGCCUGGCCGUCGCGACCGUCUUCUGCGUGCUCUCACGGCAGAGCCUCGCCGCCGGCGAGGGCUCCAAGGAGGCGGACAGGAUCGCCGCGCUGCCUGGGCAGCCACCGGACGCGGCCGUCCAGCAGUACUCCGGCUACGUCAGCCUCGAUGACAAGGCCGGCAAGUCGCUCUUCUACUACUUCGUGGAGGCCACCGCUGAUCCGGCUACGAAACCGCUUCUUCUCUGGCUCAAUGGAGGGCCUGGCUGCUCUUCGUUUGGAAUCGGAGCAUUCCAGGAGAUAGGUCCUUUCCGCGUGGACACGGACGGCAAGACCCUCUGCAAUUUCAAAUAUGCCUGGAACACAGUGGCGAACGUGCUGUACCUGGAGAGCCCCGUGGGCGUGGGCUUCUCGUACGCCGCCAACACGGGCGUGUACAAGGUGAUGGGCGACAACAUGACCGCGGACGACUCGCUCCAGUUCCUGCUCAAGUGGCUGGACCGCUUCCCGGAGUACAAGGGCCGCGACUUCUUCAUCGCCGGCGAGAGCUACGCCGGCCACUACGUCCCGGAGCUCGCCGCCUCCAUCCUCGCCGCCAAUAACGCGCGGCCCAAGGACAUGGCCUCCGUCAACCUCAAGGGAAUCGCGAUCGGGAACGCCAUCCUGGAGUUCGCGGCGGAGCAGAGCGCGUUGUACGAGUACUUGUGGCAGCACGCGUUCCUGUCGGACACGGCGCACACGCUCAUCGGCCAGCGCUGCAAGAACGCCGAGGACAACUCGCCGCUCUGCUCGGGGACCAAGGACGCCGCCUACAACCAGCUCGGCAACAUCGACGCGUACAACAUCUACGCGACGACCUGCCAUGACAAGAAAGUCAAGCCCAGAGGAUCCAACUGCAUGGACUUGGCUGAUCCUUGCGCUCAAUACUACGUGGAGGCGUACCUGAACCAGCCAGAGGUGAUGAAGACCAUCCGUGCCAACACAGGGCUCAAGUACAGAUGGACUAGAUGCAGGGGCACGUUCUACAACCUGCUCAAGUUCGGUGACUCGCCGUCGAAAUCGAUGCUGCCCUACGUCAAGGCCGUCGCCGCCGCCGGCGUCCGCGUGUGGGUCUUCAGUGGCGACCUGGACGCCAUGGUUCCCGUGAUCGCGACGAAGCGGUCCAUGGAGAAGCUCGGCCUCGGCGUCGUGGAGGACUGGCGCCCCUGGUCCAUCGACGCCAAGGACCAGGAGGUCGCCGGGUACGUGAUCGAGUACAAGGGCGUGGUGUUCGCGACGGUGCGCGGGUCCGGGCACAUGGUACCGAUCGACCAGCCGGGCCGCGGCUUCGCUCUCUUCUCGUCCUUCAUCAAGGGGCAGCCGCUCCCCAAGGCCGCGCCGAUGGUCGACGGAUGAAGAGCCACGGUCGUUGGGAUUCCGGAGUUUCACCCUUGUCUCGUCAAGUCACCAUGCAUAUUGUCUCCAUUUCCACGUUAACUACCAGACCGUGUACAUACUGACUAAACGCUCGAUCUGUGACCUCAACUGUUGUAUGAAUGUUUCGCUGCAGUAAACUUACUAAUUAAGGGUGUGUUUGGUUCUGAUUUUAAAAUCUGCUUCUGAAGCUGAACCAAAGGGAUUCAGCUUUUUUGUUGCUACUUUGAAAAAGCUGCUUUUAUGUAUUACAAAUUUAAAAGUA